AAGUGGGUGGGGCUUUGGCUCCUAUUCUUCAAGUUGAUCAAGGCCAAGUUUUUGACUUGGACCAAGUUCUGAAAGCCGGUAUUGUCCGAACGGCAGAUGCUGUGAAAUGGGAGAGCGACUAUGUGCAGGAUCAGGAUGGAACCACCCAUCUGAAGGAAGGGACGUCCAAAACCCUGUGGAACUAUAUUACACUACAUUCAGGUCUACGUUUUGAGAUUACGCAGUUGGCAAACACUUGGGGACCAAGCCAGGUAGAGAAUAAUACCUUGGUGGAUUUCUUGCAAACUGGUCUAAUAGACGUUACCUUUACGUCACUGAGCCAUUGCUGCGAUCGUUACCUGCUUCACGACUUCACUCCCAUUCUUCUCAAGCGUGAUUUUGUGGUAGCAUUCUACCCCGUGGAAUUAGAAAAUGAUAUCUAUCUUCGCAUCUUCGCUCCAGAUUUGUGGUUGGCCUUGAUCAUUAUCUUAGGGCUUCUCCUUCUAGUCAUGUAUCUAUUUUCAUGGAUUGAAAUCGACCCAGGAGAUCGCCAAUCUCGUUUCGAUUUUGUCGAUGCUCUAUCCUGGCUUUUUUGCGUGGUCAGUCAACAAGGGUACUCCAAAACACCGUCAACUCUCAGUGGAAAAUUUCUAUUUCUGGUCGGGUUUUUAACAAUUACUUUGGUUUUCCAAGGGUUUUCCGCCAAUGUGAUGACAAUUUUAAGUCGAUCUGAAACCAUCGAUUCAUUGGAAGAGCUCAUUGAACUGAACACCAUGAAUAUUCACCAAUCAGUUUUCCCUCCCUUUCAAAAAGAACUUGAAGACUCAAAAAAGGAGAUAGCCCAAAAAUUGGUUCGAAAAAUCGAAUCCAGCAAAGGCUCAUGGAAGUGUGAAAACACGGCGGUCUCAUGCGACGAAUCGAUCAUGAACCAGAUAGUGUUCCAAAAGGAUCCUAAUAUGGCUUUUGUGGGUCUCGAAAUUUACUUAAGGGACAAAUAUUCCUUUGCCUUCAACAUGUUUGAAAAUCUACCUUGUAGUCUGAAAUGGUUUAAGGUGCCCAUGGGGAGGCAAAGCAUCAUGUACGGGUUGCGGAAACACCUCCCACAAAAACGAAAACUCGACGCUGCUUUCUUCAGAUACCGAGAGACUGGGCUUCUGGGAAAGACAAUACAAAAGUUUAAGCCCAAAAGCCCUCAUUGUGCAUCUUUAAAUGAAUUGCAAUCCAAAGUGGUAUCAUUUCAUCAUGUUAAGAUGGCAUAUUUCUUACUUGUGUUGGGUUACUUGGUCGCCGCCAUUUUAUUCUUGGCGGAGAAAUUCAGCUUCGAAAACAAAACUAAUAAAGAAAGCGAAACUUUCAAUUUAAAAAAUUAGGGCACUGAAAACAAUACAACAUAUUGAUUCUCUUUUGAAAAAUUCAUGUAAGUUGAAUCAUUUCCUAAUUAAUCUCUAAAUCAACCAUUGUUGACAAUGAAGCACAUUGCUUUGGUCCAUACUGAAGAAAUAUACGACUACCUCUUGAA